GAAAACAAGGGUCGUUCUUCAGAAGUUUAUGACGGUCUGCUGACCGGAUGGGAAAACUUUCUCCCCGAGUUUUUCUCUCUCUGUCUGACAACCGGAGUCUGACUUCUUGGGUCCGUUUUAUUCGCUGUAUUUUGAGCGCGCAGUGAGUGAGUGAUGAAGUAGAGUUUCUCCGGGGUUUGUAGCGUCAGAGUGAAGCUGGUCAUCAUGGGGAACCGCGGGAUGGAGGAGCUGAUCCCCCUCAUUAACAAGCUGCAGGACGCGUUCAGCUCCAUCGGCCAGAGCUGUAACCUGGAGCUGCCGCAGAUCGCGGUGGUGGGCGGCCAGAGCGCCGGCAAGAGCUCGGUGCUGGAGAACUUCGUGGGCAGGGAUUUUCUGCCGAGAGGAUCUGGCAUCGUCACUCGCAGGCCUCUGGUUCUGCAGCUAGCCAACAGUAAAGCAGAAUAUGCGGAGUUCCUGCACUGUAAGGGCCGCAAGUUUGUGGACUUUGACGAGGUUCGUCUGGAGAUCGAGGCCGAGACGGACCGAAUCACCGGAUCUAAUAAGGGAAUCUCUCCGGUGCCCAUCAACCUGCGCGUUUACUCGCCCAACGUGUUGAAUCUGACGCUGAUCGAUCUGCCCGGCAUGACGAAGGUGGCGGUGGGAGACCAGCCGGUGGACAUAGAGUACCAGAUCCGAGAAAUGCUGCUGCAGUUCAUCUCCAAAGAGAACUGCCUGAUCCUGGCUGUCACGCCGGCCAACUCCGACCUCGCCAACUCCGACGCGCUGAAGAUCAGCAAAGAGGUGGACCCUCAAGGUCUGCGCACCAUCGGUGUGAUCACCAAACUGGACCUGAUGGACGAAGGAACCGACGCCAGAGACAUCCUGGAGAACAAGCUGCUUCCUCUGCGCAGAGGUUAUAUUGGUGUGGUGAACCGCAGUCAGAAGGACAUUGAUGGCAGGAAGGACAUCAAAGCCGCACUCGCUGCUGAGAGGAAGUUCUUUCUGUCCCAUCCGGCAUACAGACACCUGGCCGAGAGAAUGGGCACCCCGUACCUGCAGAAAACACUCAACCAGCAACUGACGAAUCACAUCCGUGACACUCUGCCGGCGCUGCGCAGCAAACUUCAGUCUCAGCUGCUGUCGCUGGAGAAGGAGGUGGAUGAGUACAAGAACUUCAAACCGGACGAUCCAGCACGCAAAACCAAAGCCCUGCUGCAGAUGGUGCAGCAGUUCGGCGUGGACUUCGAGAAGCGGAUCGAGGGCUCUGGCGAUCAGGUGGACACUCUUGAGCUCUCUGGCGGUGCGAGAAUCAACCGCAUCUUUCACGAGCGCUUCCCGUUUGAGCUCGUUAAGAUGGAGUUUGAUGAGAAGGAGCUGAGGAGGGAGAUCAGUUACGCCAUCAAGAACAUUCAUGGAGUCAGGACGGGGCUUUUCACCCCUGACCUGGCCUUUGAGGCCAUCGUGAAAAAGCAGAUAGUUAAACUGAAGGAGCCGUGCCUCAAGUGUGUGGAUCUGGUGGUGUCUGAACUCGCCACGCUCAUCCACAAGUGCACAGAGAAGUUGAACUCGUAUCCUCAGCUGAGAGAAGAGACGGAGAGAAUCGUCACCACCUACAUCAGAGAGAGAGAAAGCAAAACUAAAGACCAGGUGAUGCUGCUGAUCGACAUCGAGCUCUCCUACAUCAACACAAACCACGAGGACUUCAUCGGUUUUGCCAACGCGCAGCAGCGGAGUGCAGCUGUCAGUAAGAAGAGAGCCAUGCCCAACCAGGUGAUCAGACGCGGCUGGCUCACCAUCAACAUCAGCAUAAUGAAGGGCGGAUCCAAGGACUACUGGUUCAUCCUGACUGCAGAGUCUCUGUCCUGGUACAAGGAUGAGGAGGAGAAAGAGAAGAAGUUCAUGCUGCCUCUGGAUAACCUGAAGCUCAGAGAUGUUGAGAAAGGCUUCAUGUCCACCAAACACACCUUCGCCAUCUUCAACACCGAGCAGAGGAACGUGUAUAAAGACCUGCGGCAGAUCGAGCUGGCCUGCGAUUCUCAGGAGGAAGUGGACAGCUGGAAAGCCUCCUUUCUGCGGGCGGGCGUCUAUCCCGAGAAAGACCAGGUGGAGAACGAGGACGGUGUUCCGGCUGAUUCCCUCUCCAUGGACCCUCAGCUGGAGCGGCAGGUGGAGACCAUCCGUAACCUGGUGGACUCCUACAUCGGCAUCGUCAACAAGAGCAUCCGAGACCUGAUGCCCAAGACCAUCAUGCAUCUGAUGAUCAACAGCGCGAAGGAGUUCAUCUACUCAGAGCUGCUGGCAUAUCUGUACUCGUCUGGCGAUCAGAGCAGUCUGAUGGAGGAGUCGGCUGAACAGGCGCAGCGGCGCGACGAGAUGCUCCGCAUGUAUCACGCACUCAAAGAGGCGCUGCACAUCAUCGGAGAUGUCAGCACCUCCACUGUAUCUGCACCGGUCCCUCCGCCUGUGGACGACACCUGGAUCCACACCGACCCCAGUCCUCCAUCGCAGCGUAAACCCUCCUCAGGCACAGCUCCGCCCCCUGGCCGUCCCCCUGCAGUGCGAGGACCCACCCCUGGCCCUCCGGCCCCGCCUCCUCUCAACCCCUCACCUGCAUUCGGAGCUCCGCCCGUUCCAUCCAGACCCGGCCCUCCUCCAGUCAGCGCUAAUGCGUUUGGGAGUGGCCCGCUUGAGGCUCCGCCCCCACAGGUGCCGUCUCGCCCCGCCCGCGUGCCACCUGCUCUGCCACCCGGCAUACCCAGCAGGAGGCCUCCAGCUGCUCCGAACCGGCCCACUAUAAUCAGACCAUCAGAGCCGUCUCUGCUGGACUGAAGAGAUCCAGACGAGAGGGAGCUUUAGCACAGAGAACGCCAAAGGAAACUACAACACACACACUAACACACACACACACAGGUGUCAUAGUUCAAAAAAGGGUAUUGACUCAUUUCAUUGACACAUGAUAUCUGAUAGUCUUCCGUGCUUUCUUUCCAAGUAGUAGUAAUAACGAGACAUUUUCAUGAUUGAGUUAAAUAAGCAUUUUCAUAUGCAUUAUGUUUUCUAGAAAUGAUGAUUUCAGGGGAUUUCAGCCGUUGGGAGGUAAACGUGUGACACGGCUGUCACAGGUCCGUUUAUUUCACACUGAAUCAUGUUUACAGACGACUGAACCUCGACUGACCGCACUAAACUUUAACACUCCAGUCUCUGUGUUAUGUGUGUAGAAACACUUUAACAUUUCUAAUGAAGACAGCAAACAGUAUUUUCACAGUUGCAUCAUUUCUGGACACUUUUUAUGGUCUAAACAACAGGCUAACUACAGAACACCUCAAAAACAAAUGAAAACCUCGUCUUAAUACAUGCACAGAAUACUGUGUUUAUUAACACUGUGUACUUUGAUACUAUUAAAUACACUUCUCAAUAUUUUGCCUUAAACCAUUUUAAGUAAUUCUAGAUGUGAGGACUUAUCUUCAGAGAAAUGUGUUAUUCAGCUUCGCUCCUCCAGUACAUUGAGUUGGGUUAGAUAUCUUUAACUCAUUAGGGAAAUGAUUUUAUAUCGUCUAACAUGAGAUCUUCCUUUCAUGUGUUCAUCACUCUUUCACUUAUUGUCUCUCUCGUUUUAUGUUUUUCAUGACAUUUCGCAAGGACUGCGAACAAAAGCAUGCUUAAUCAAAAUGUAAUGAUUGAUUAUUAACAAUAAAAGGGCAAUUUGUUUA